AUUUGGGACCUCAGAAAUUGUUAAAUCUAAUAAAGUGUUUUUGAAUUAUUAUCCAUUGCCUACCUGAGUUCUUUGGCAUUCAUCAUAUGUGGAGAUACUCUGAAAAUUCCUGCAGGACAUUGUUUUGUUAUUUGUGAUAGUCGUUCCUUUCCUUCUUCCCAAUCUCACUGAUGGAUUCUGGAGCUUCAAAAUGGUGUUCACAGAAAAAGAAUCUUGAUGUUUAUUGUCCAUUCAUUCUUUUUGUUUCCUGGCUACUUUUUCAAGUCCUUCAUGGUGGAGAUCAGAGAUCCUGAGGGAAUGAGGCAUCCAUCCAAUUCAUCUCUUGAAAUGUUUUGCAGUAGGAUCUCUCAGGAUAUUUCAAAUCAAGACACAACCAGAGGAAAGAAUAGUAGAAAAUUGGCAAUUUCCAAAUGUGGAGCUGAAACAGUGGUUGAAACUCCAAUUCAGGAGGGCCUUGUCUCCUUCGAGGAGGUGGCUGUGUAUUUCUCCGAGGAGGAGUGGUCUCAGCUGGAUCCUGACCAAAAAGCUCUGCAUUGGGAAGUCAUGAUGGAAAAUUACAGGAAUGUGGCCUCUCUUGGUAAUAACAGGCAGGCCCAUAAAGAGUCUAAGGAUUCCUUCCAAGUGGUCAGACAUGGAGAUGUAAUGGAGAAGCCUGAAAUUCAAAUGAAAUUCCAGAGGCAGAAGAGAAGUCAUUCAAAUAAUUGGAAUAAGGAAAGCUCAUCUUCCAUUGAUGCUCAUAUACAGUUUCUUGAGCAACCAAGAAAAGUAAAGAAAAAAGGUAUUGGGAAAGGUAUAAGACUAUCCAAACAAACAUUAGAUGUAAAUGGAGAGUAUCUGACCCAAGCCAAAGGACAAGAUUGUAUAUACAAAGACAAUGGAAAACAAUACAAUUGGACUUUCACACUUUCUCAAGAAAAUGUGUCUCUUAGAUCACAUAAAAGUAUCCACGUGGCAGAGAAGCAGAAUAAAUCCCUAGAGCAUGGAAAAAGCUUCAGUGAAAACAAGACUCUUACUAUUCAUAAAAGGAUCCACACAGAGGAAAAACCAUUUAAAUGCAUUGAGUGUGGAAAGGGAUUCAGCAAGCCCAGUGAGCUUAGUUCCCACAAAAGGAUCCACACAGGGGAGAAACCAUUUAAAUGCAUGGAGUGUGGAAAGAACUUUAGUUCCAACAGUAGUCUUUCUUCCCACAAAAGAAUCCACACAGGGGAGAAGCCAUAUAAAUGCAUGGAGUGUGGAAAGAGCUUCAGAACAAACAGUGAUUUUACAUGCCAUAAAAGGAUCCACACAGGGGAGAAACCAUUUAAAUGCAUGGAGUGUGGAAAGGGGUUCAACAAGUCCAGUGAGCUUAGUUCCCACAAAAGGAUCCACACAGGAGAGAAGCGAUAUAAAUGCAUUGAGUGUGGAAAGGGAUUCAGCAAGCCCAGUGAGCUUAGUUCCCACAAAAGGAUCCACACAGGGGAGAAACCAUUUAAAUGCAUGGAGUGUGGAAAGAACUUUAGUUCCAACAGUAGUCUUUCUUCCCACAAAAGAAUCCACACAGGGGAGAAGCCAUAUAAAUGCAUGGAGUGUGGAAAGAGCUUCAGAACAAACAGUGAUCUUACAUCCCAUAAAAGGAUCCACACAGGGGAGAAACCAUUUAAAUGCAUGGAGUGUGGAAAGGGAUUCAACAAGUCCAGUGAGCUUAGUUCCCACAAAAGGAUCCACACAGGAGAGAAGCGAUAUAAAUGCAUGGAGUGUGGAAAGAACUUUAGUUCCAGCAGUAGUCUUUCUUCCCACAAAAGGAUCCACACAGGGGAGAAGCCAUAUAAAUGCACGGAUUGUGGAAGGGUUUUCAGACAGAGUAGUAUCCUUACUUCCCAUAAAAGGAUCCAUACAGGGGAGAAACCAUAUAAAUGUAUGGAAUGUGGAAGGUGCUUUUGUGAACACAGCACUCUUAUUUCCCAUAAAAGGAUCCACUCAGGAGAGAAGCCAUUUAAAUGCAUCGAUUGUGGAAGGGUUUUCAGACAGAGUAGUAGCCUUACUUCCCAUAAAAGGAUCCAUACAGGGGAGAAACCAUAUAAAUGUAUGGAAUGUGAAAGGUGCUUUAGUGAAUAUAGUCAUCUUAUUUCCCAUAAAAGGACACACACAGGAGAGAAGCCAUUUAAAUGCACAGAUUGUGGACAGUGCUUCAGCCGACCCAAUAUGCUUACUUCCCAUAAAAGGAUCCAUAGAGAUGUGGAGCCAAUUUUUGAAACAGAGAGAGAUUUGGGUGAGAAUGUAUGCUAAUUUAGUGGAUUAAAUCUAUGGAUUUUCCUAUUUAACCCACUGGACUCAGAAAGGAAUGGGUUUUUUUUUUUGAGUUUGGCAACUGGUAGCCCCAGAGAGAGAGAGGAAUAUAUUAAUUAAAAUGAAAACAAUGUGCAUGUUUUCAUUGUAAUCAUGAAUGAAUGAAUGAUCUAUGUACCUAUUUAACUUUUUUUAGAAAUACAUUUCUGCUCCCUGUGAGUGACAUCUGUCUGCAUUUUUAGAGGUGCUGCUUCUGCUAUUAAAUUUUAACUUUCAUGUGUAA